AGCAGCCGCCUCGGGCCCGGAAGUCUCUGCAGGCAGGCCGAUCCUAACUCGUCGCGCCCUGGCCUCAUCGCAGAAUUGACCUGGCAGGCAGCCACUGCAUGCCCAUGGCCGACGCUCGCCGACAGGCGCCGUCGCCCCUUAACGAUCUCCUCGCGGCCGACGCCCGCGCGACCGAGUAUGGCCGCGCCUCCGCCGACGAGGUGCUUGACGGCGUGCGCGAGCUGCUUCGCGGCCAGCGCCGGCUGGAGCAGACGAUGGCCAGCCUCGCGCAGGUCCCCGUCGGGACGCCCACUCCGACAGAGGGCACCGUGAAGGGAACGCCCAGUGCGGCAGAGGACUGUUGUUUCCUCCAUGCCAGCGAGGGCGCAGAGAUUUGGCAGAUGCGGAGCAGUUACGAGCAGCCGUGGACACCGGUGACAAGCGGCGUACCGUUUCAAGACAGCACUUGCUUCGGGCCAUUGGUGGGCAUGGGCGGCUUCGACUCGCACACUUCUGAGAACCAGCUUUGGCUGGAUCGGGUCGAGGUCCGAGAGGAAUUGGUGGAUUGCGGCAGCGUCGAGCAGCUCACCAGGGAGUGUUCCAAAGAGUCGGCCACUCUCCGGCUUCGUUCUAUGCGUUCCCCCAGUUCCAGCAACAUACUGGUGAACUUUACGGAUGGGUCACCCCGCAACCAGCAUCCGAUUCGGCCACGGAGAUGGACAAUGCAGCACCCGACGAGCCCCCCGCGAAGCAUAGCGGAGCUCAGGCAUGCUGUGCUCAAACGGCUCACUUGGAGACGGUUCUCCAAGUGCUCCGUGGUGUCGCCAGCUUCGACUGCGCGUGCGUGGGUCGACGGUCUGAGCUUGAUCGUGCUUGGGUACAAUUUGUCGAGCAUCCCGUACUUUCUCGCAUUCGAUGUCGACGAGGGAUCCAACCCAUGGGUGGUAUUGGAAGGUGUGUCGCUUGUGUUUUGGUUCGUCGACAUGCUGAUGAAUUUCAGGACUGGCUAUUACGAGGAUGGGCACCUCCACAUGCGUCCUGGAAGGAUCGCUCGCAAUUACUUGCGGGGCAGCUUCUUCUUGGACUUCUUCACGCUGACGGCGCUCACUGGGUCGCUCCUCAACAUUGGCAAGUUCGCCGCCAUUCUCGUCUGGAUCAACCACACGAUCGCUUGCUUCUGGUGCUUCCUGGGGCGGGAGGACGCUGUGUCCGACACGGGCUACACCUGGAUGAAUUUGGCAGGUGCGACGGGGGAAGGCCCCACGUACUCCGCAUACGGGGUGUCGUACCAGUACACUACGGCGUUUCAUUGGAGCCUGACUCAGAUGACGCCCGGCUCCAUGCAGGUCGUCCCAGUGAACAGCGUGGAGAGGAUUUUCAACAUCUGCUGCCUCAUGGGUGGCCUGAUGGUAUUUUCCACCCUGGUUUCGGCGAUCUCUGCGAGCGUGGCGCAGUUGAAGAUCGACAUGCAGGGACACAGCCGGGAGAUGGGGAGGCUCUCCGCGUUCUUGCACAGGUCGCACAUUCACCCAGAGAUCAGGAUGCAAGUGUGCAAGCAGGUGAAAGUGAAGUUGAUGCACCGACGCCCGCUAGUGGUCAAGGACCUACAGUCGCCAGGGGUGCUCGACAUGCUCUCAUUGUCCCUGCGACACACGCUCCAGCUGCAGCUCUGCAACCCACACUUCUUGGAGCACCCUCUGCUCAAUUUUUGCUCCAACACUGAUAUAGCGAUGUGGGAGGAGAUUUGCAUGACCUGCGCAAACUUCUCAGUGCUGGUGAAGGGGGACAAUCUGUUCGUCUUCGGGGCCAAGGCGGAGGGGAUGUACUUCGUCGUGCACGGCCCCCUGUUGUACGACCUGGACGACAGCUUCCGCACGCGGGUCUCCAAGGAGGCAGAGACUGGAGCGUGGCUCUCGGAGGCGCUGUGA